ACGGAGCAAGCGCCACGUCCCGUCCACCGCUCCCUCCCAGAGCCGCAUUGCAGGGACCCGCUUAGACCCUGCAGGGUGCCAGCUACUCUAUACCGAGGACCCCGUCUUGAAUUCUUCCCGGGACCCCAUAAACUCUGCCAGGGACUCAUUCGCCUUCACCUGUGGACCGGACCCCGUCGCUCUCACCUGGAACCCCUCCGCCCUGCACUGCUGCGCCAUGCGGACCCUGCUGGAGGCCCCUGUGCAGGUCCCUGUGGGGGCCCCGGGGAGGGCCCCGGGGAGGGCCCCUGCUGUGGGCUCUGCGUCCCUCGGCCUCUUCCUCCCGCUGCUCCUUGCGGCCGCGCUGCGCCCAGCCACUCCGUGCGGCACCGUGGGGAUCUCGUUCCUGGGUGCGUCUCGCUGUGAGCUUGCGCUGCUGAAUUCGCUGCCCUGGGAAGACGUGUCCUUGAAGCACAUUCAGCUGAACUACAGCCACGGCGAGAUCGCGGUCCCUGACGCCUGGCCCAAGGAUCGGCCCGUGAUCGUGGUGUCCGGGGAGGAGGACGAGGAGGCGGAUGGGGAUGACCCCCCCAUCUACUCGCACGGCCCCCCGCUGCUGCGCGUGAACGCGCGCUCCGUGCGCGACGCCUCCGAGUCCGGGCUGCAGCUCGCGCCGCGCGCCUCCGCGCUGCUCGGAACCGCCGCCGAGAUUGCCAUUCAUCUGCGCUGGGACGGAGUCAUCCUCCUCUAUGAUCAUGGCAAACACGUGGACGUGGGCUUCGUGGAGAAGCUGCAGCUCUCCACGAGGGUGGUGACCAUGAGGCUCUCCCCGCCGGGCUCCCCCGAGCUCCGCACCCUCCUGGAGCGCGUGAGGCAGGAGCGGGUGAGAAACAUCAUCAUCAAGUGCCGCCGCUCGUGGCUCCGCGACAUCUUCAUUGAGGCGGACGAGUUCGGACUGACCUCCCCCGUCUACCACUGGGUGCUGCCCAUGCUGGAGUCGAACCCGCGCUGGCUGCUGCAGCUGCCGCUGAGCUGGGGCUGGGCGCGCGCGACGGUGAUGCGGGUGCUGGGCACGGCGGGCGGGCAGCCGUGCAGCACGCCGGGCGCCGCUGAGGCGUGCGCCACCACGUGCCUCCUCCUGCACGACGCCGCCGUCUUCCUCGCCGCGCCCAAGGGACGCGGGGGGUGCUCCGCGGAGGCGCUCGAGGGGCGAGUGGUGCAGGGCCUCACGGGACCCGUGCAGUUCGCACCGGACGGGUUCCGCAAGGACGUCCACUUCUCUCUCUACAGCCUCGAGCUGGGGCGGAACGACUCCCGCGAGGUCAGGGUGGGUGACCACCGUGCGGGCCGCACGUCCUUCACGGCCGAGCUGCAGACUCUCCCCUCGCCCUCCGUGUUCAAGGGGAGAAUCGUGCGGGUCAUCGCCGUGGAGGAGCCCCCUCUGUUCGGCUGCGUCCCUGGCUGUGCGAGACCCUGCUCCCCCGCGUGUGGCCGUUUCCAGGGCUUCCUCUACGAGCUGCUGAAGGAUCUGUCCUUGAAGCUCAAUUUCAGAUACGUCAUCUCCAAUGUGACUUCGGGCAUCCAAGACAAAGACGUGAUGCAAGACAUCCAGAAGAAGCUCACAAAGAACGAGGCUGACUUCACGCUGUGCCUGUGCCCCGUGCGGGGCAACCAGGAGAACCGUGAACUGGAGUUCUCCUUCCCACUCAUGGACCGCGGCUACCAGAUGCUCAUUCGCAAGCCCGAGAGGGAGCUGUCCGGGGCCUUUGAGUUCCUCAACCCCUUCCACGUUUUGGUCUGGUUGUCCAUCCUCCUCGCCUGCAUCGUGGUCGCCUUCGUCCUCGCCGCCAUCAACCGCUUCGACCCCUACGAGUGGCGCAACUUGGCCAAGCGUGGCAAGGUGUCCCGCGAGGAGGGACGCGGCAUGGACCUCCUCAACUGCCUGGGCUUCACGUUGGUCAGCAUGGUGCAGCAGAGCGUGAGCGUCGUGCCGCGCUCCUACGCCGGCAAGAUCGUCGCCUUCUCCUGGUGGUUCUUCGUCCUCGUCACCAUCUCCACGUACACCGCCAACCUCGCUGCGAUCUUCCAGUCGCAGAACUCGCCCAAGCUCGAGUCGCUCGCCGACCUCGUCGACCAGAACGACUUCAAGUACAACACCUACCACGGCUACCCGCUGGUGGAAUUCCUGCGCGGCGCACGGUCGCAGCCCUUCCAGGCCAUCUGGGAGCACAUCGAGCAGAACAGCAAGAACGACCCCAAGCCGCACCUGCUCAGCUCCGAGGAAGAGGGCCUGCAGAUGGUGGGCAACAGCAGCUUCGUGUUCCUGGGCUCCAGCGCCGCGGUCUACCGCGCCACCACCACCAACUGCACGCUGCAGGUGGCUGGCGAGUUGUUCUUCAAGUCCAAGACGGCCCUGAUGUUCCCGCGCGGCUCGGUGCUCCGUGAGCCCGUGUCGCGCGCCCUCAUCGCGCUGCAGCGAGAGGGCCGCCUCGAAGAGCUGGAGGAGGAGUGGCUCGAGGCCAAGGGCCCCCACUGCGAGGGAAAGGAUUCCGGCUCGGAGAAGACGGUGGACGUCAACGACACAGAGGGCAUCUUCUACCUGCUGUGCAUUGGCCUGUCGCUGGGCUUCAUGGUGAGCACGCUGGAGGUGGCCUGCCACCGCGCCCUGCGCGACAAGAAGAAGCGCAAUCACUCCAUGCACGCCGGCAAGCAGCCCUCCAUGUAAAGACUAUGAUUUUAUUUUACCAGGUAAGGCUCCCACUGAGCUGUGUGCCUCUUUAUUCAGAAGCGACCUGGCCAUCGCAAACGAUAGCUCGAUGAAGUGGCUUAUCGCAUGGAAAUGUAGAGGGGAAAAACACUGUAAACGCGCGUUCAUUCUAAGAGUGGAGGGAAAAACCGGAGGACCUGGAGAAUGUAGCCUCGCGGUGGUGAGGUCAAGGGUGGUGGUGGUCGUGGUCCUUGUGGUGGUGGGCCUGAUUGGAGUGAGCCUUGGGGUGAGGGUGGUGGUGGGCCUGAUUGGAGUGAGCCUUGGGGUGAGGGUGGUGGUGGGCCUGAUUGGAGUGAGCCUUGGGGUGAGGGUGGUGGUGGGCCUUGGCGUUUGUGUCAGCCUUUUGUGGUGGUGAGUCUGGGUUGUAAGUCCCAUGUGCAGUGAGCCGAUCGAUGAGCCUUCUAGCGAGGCUUUCAUGUAGUAGCAGUAGUAGUCAGUCGUGUCGUGAACAAGCUGUCUGCAGUUCAGAAGUCAACCUCGUAGUCAGAGACUACACAGCAAACCUGAACCACGACUGGAUCAGGUAUCGCUCGCCACUGAUGUCAGCCGUUGCCAGGAAGUCCAGAGUGCAGUGUGCAAACAAACCGCCUGCAGGACCACUGCUCCCACCACUGAUGGAUGCGCGUCUAUGUGGUAUUAUCAUCAUCAUUAUCGUCAUCUUCACCAGCCAUGGUCAAUCCGCUGCUGGAUGUAUAUAUGUAUUUAAUCUCACAUUCGGUGUUCUCAUUUCACUUGGCUUCUAAUGAAGGUUUGCAUACCUGGCUAAUAUAAUCCGUGCUACGUAAUACACGCAGUGGAACAUCCAAUUAGUGUAGUUCCAUGCAGAUGUGAUGAGUGUGUAGCGAUGCAUCGAUUCGUGAAAAUAAAAUGUAUUAUUAAGCGCACGGUAAAAGUUAUUGCGUGUAAUAAUCAUAUAAUUCCAUUACAACCUACCAAUACUGAUUUCGAAAAGUUUUUUGGUUUGGCUAUGUUUGUUUGUUGUAGUACGGAGUUAGAAUGAUGGCUUUAAUCUAAGUUGUCUUGUGGUUGUUGUUGUUUGACUUGCAUCCCACUGGGAUUUUUGCACAGCGUUGGUGUACGGUGCUUUUUUUCUGGAAGACUUUGCAGUUUUUUCAUGGAUUUUUCUGUUUGCGCGCAGUCACUUUAAGAUGUUUUCUUGUUCAUGUUUUUGUUUUUUGUUUGUUGCGGUUGCACCCGAUUCAAGAGCCGAAUGGC